GACAUGCAGCGAAUAACGUUGGAAGAACUGAAGCACAUCCUGUUCCAUGCCUUCCGGGAUCACCUCACGAUGAAGGACAUAGAAAACAUCAUCAUUAACGAGGAGGAGAGCCUAAACGAGAACUCCGGCAACUGCCAGACAGAGUUCGAAGGAGUGCAUUCCCAAAAGAAGAACCGGCAGACGUGUGUCCGGAAGAGCCUCAUCUGUGCAUUUGCAAUGGCAUUCAUUAUAAGCGUCAUGCUCAUUGCAGCCAAUCAGAUGCUGCGAAAAGGCAUGGAAUAGCCUUUCAUCCAGAGCACUAAUAGAUUUUUGCUACUGGAUGACAAACAAAACCAAUGUAAAGUGAACAAUAUUCCACAAGGAGACUGAAGCCAGCAGCAUGAUCUGUCUUGACAUUCAACUACACCUUUCUGGCAGGGACUCAAAAAGGGCUGUUUCAAUGCUUUCAUUGUAUUUUUUUUUUUCCUAACGCAAUAAAACUACAGGAGUUCUGAAUUGUCACCCCAAACAGUCACAGUAAAUGGUGCCAUUUAAAUGAAAAGUUUCCUUUGUUGCCAGUUGUAAUGGCCUUUGGUGUUUUAUAUACAUCAGCUCGGGGGGGGGUCCUGUCAGAAACGCUGGAUUUAUUGUUCUGUCUGAGAAAUGGAUUUCUACCACUCUGAUCAACUUUAGUUUCAAAUCAGAUAAGGCUUUGGGCCAUAUUAGAGUAACUUGGACAGAAAAAAAAUAAAACCCAUUUUAUGCCAGUUGCUUAAUGACAUCAACUGUAGCGUGUAUCCUAAUUAACCUCAUCUGGGUGGAAUGUAGGUCUUUAAGGCUUUUAAACAAUAAAUUAAGACUCUGCAGAAGUUUCAAAAUGAUAUCUUCAUUAAUUAAACUUGCUAAUUCAUUGUUUGGGGAAAUGCAUUUUAAUUCAGCUCAACAGACUGCUUUGCUCCACAUGUUUUAUGCGUAAAGUAUUGUUUGCGUUUUAUAUUUAGUAAACAUUGCUGCCAGGAGUUUUGUUCUUCUAAAACCAGUCACCUUGUCUAGUAUUUAAAAACUGGCAUCGUCCUCUUCAAGAGCCCCUGCAAUCCAAAAGGAAUUAAAACACGCUCAGCGCUCUGCAGGUUUAACAGCAAACUACAGCUAUGGCCAAAAAUCACGUUGAAUUUUAGGAUUGAGACAAAAAAAACUAUAUGAACAUGCUUUA